AUAUGGAGAACGAAGUCUCCAUCGAUGGCUGCAAAGGGUAUGUCAUUAUGAUGAUUGUGUAUGCUUGAGUUGGGGUUCUUACUCUCUUGGUCCAACUCUGGUAUUCAGUCAAGUUUUUAAAAUUUUAUGGCUUUAAGAACAUAAUAGUAAGCAUUUUUAUGGGUUUUCUGACUUUAUCCAUCGUUUGAGAUAUUAUUUAUGGAGCAGCACAAGCAUAUUUUUGAUAUUUACAAGGAUGACUCGGCAAUAAAUAUUAUUGAUUGGGUCAUUGGACUAACUGGAUAAAUUAUUUUAUGUACAUGAGCACGAUUAUAGUACUUUCGUUCACAUACAUUUCGCAAAUACUCAGGUUUAAAAACAGAGAAAGACGCAAGAAACGUAUUUACAGCAUUGUCCUAUGGUCAACCAUGCUUUUCAUUCUACUGGUGUGAACCAUUAUAUUUAUUGUUGAUGGUGUGCAAACAUGAAGGAAACACCCCAAAAACAUUAAGAUAUUCUCAACAGGGAUUCUAGUUAUGACAGGAUUAAAUAUGCUAACUGGUCUCUUCUUUAUGUUCACUUUGCUCUGCUUCUACAGAGCUCUUAAGAAGGUCGACAAAAAUACCAACGGUGUAAAAUUGAGCAAAUAAACUCAAAUGAAGAUUAAUUAUUAGUAUUGCAGUCGUUGUUUUUGUCUUUGAAACCAGAAGUGGCAUUAUUCUAGUGGGAAGCAUCACUGAUUUUUUAGAUAUAUGGGAGGGAGAAGCUUUGAAACAUAAUAGAACCUGGUAUGUUAUUUACACCUUUUGAUACUAUUUUAUAUUGAGUCUGAUUCCAACAAUGGUUCAAAUCUAUCUUAUCAAAUUGAGUUUAUCUACAACUCCAAGAAUCAGCAUUAGAGUAGAUGGCUAUCAUUGACAAUCAGAACCUUUGAUUUUCAAUAAUUCUGGAGUAUCCCUCAGCAAAGAGAGUGAAUCAUUUAAAACAGAGGAUUUUAGAGAAAGUCAAUAUAAUACUUCCUAAGCUUUGAUUAGUUUUCAACUCUAUUCAAACUCUUUGAACUCAAAAAUAAAAUUCACAUAAAUUCACAUGCUUUUACCUUCAAAUCCUAAUUCUACUUAAAACCUCUAACCUUUGCUUCUCACCAAAACACCCACCUCAUCCCCUUCCUCUCAGCCACCCAGACCCUCAACCCCCUAAUCCCAAACCCCCUAAUCCCAAACCCUCAACUCCCACUCAAAAAUCCCUACUUCCCCUAACCCCUUUCCCCUUGUUCCUCCCAAAUCCACUAAAAUCCCCUCAUCACUAAAAUUCCCCGUUCAAAUUUCAGAAUUUUCUAAGUAAUCCUUUAUACAAUUAGGAAAAUUGGCUUAUUUGUACUGGAUUUGGAGAAGGAAGAAAAAGAGGUGGAUGACUGGGGAGGAGGGAUUUUGGGAUGGACUGGGGGAAUGAGGAGGUGGGGUUUAGACUUGAGGUGUAUUGUGGGAGGGUUGUAUUCUUGGGGUGUGGAUGGAGGGAAUGCUUAUGAAUGGAGAUGAAAUGUUUAGUUGGUUGAGUUAGAUUAUAGUUUGCCGGAAGUAACCUAUGGUUUGGUAUUUAUCGAGCAAACUUGGGAACUUGUGAUGGAGAGAUCUUUGUUGAAAUAAAUAUUAUAAAUGGGAUUAUCGCUUUAGAAAUUCUUGGUAAUUUCUCUCUUUGUAACAACAGUUGUUUGAAAAUAUGCAGUAUUGGACGAAUUUGUAAGAGGUCCUAAAUUUGCAUAUGAUUUGCAAAUUCACAGAAUAAACAAGUUCUCUAAUAUCUCGCUAUCAGCCAUAAAAGUUCUCAGGCAUGCGAACCUGGACUUUACAGAUCUGAAAUUUUUUAAUUUUCCAUUACCCCAAAUAUUGCAAGUAGCAUGGUUUGCAUUUAAACAACUAUUUAAUUGUCGAGAUUAUGAUUGAUCUAAGCUUG